CGCUAUUCUGCACGGAGGGAGGGAGAGCUCUCCUACUCUGUCCUACUGCGCAUUUCGCAAUGUUCUAGGUCUAUUUGUUCUCUGGCAAAGCAAGAGGGGCUGGGAAACUCAUUCGCUCUCUGGCGUUGGUAAUUGUUUUUUUUCUCCUAACUGGUUGAAAUCCGUCGUGAGUUCCUUCUUACAAGAAGAAGUAGGCUGAGAUUCCUACGGCGCUGAAUGAGAGAGAGAGAGAGAGAGAGAGAGAGAGAGAGAGAGAGAGAGAGAGAGAGAGAGAGAGAGAGAGAGAGAGAGAGAGAGAGAGAGAGAGAGAGAGAGAGAGAGAGAGAGAGACGGAGCGAAAGAGAGAGAGAGAGAGUCCUUUAUAUUGUAGAUGUGGGAGCAGCUCUCAAUAUGAGCACACAGCUCGGAGGGUGAGGACCAUCAGUAACAGCAUCACCAGCACCAGCAGCAGCGGCAGCAUCAGUCCCCGCGAUGGAUUGUGUUCUGUGCAACACUCUGUGUGCGCGGAGAUGGAGGCCGUGAAGGCAGAUAGAUAACAAUCAGGAUAGCAUAUUAAACUCCAAUACCCGAGCUCGUGAUUUAAACCGUGAUUUCAAUCCAUCAGGAAAGUUGAUUUCGGGCACUUUUAUGAUUCCGCGUCUCAUUUGCUACCGUCGGCCACUUCAACGGGGCAUCAGCUGUGCUCAUCUCCUCCACAUCUUCCUGACUAUUCUAAGUGGCAGCUACUAGACCUGACUGAUGACACUCUGUUAUCGGGAUUUCCUUUCUCUUUUAUGCCCGGACCCCAACCAAGCCUCAUAUUCUGAUUGGGCAGAGUAUGUCUUUGGAGGAUAAGCUUGGCAACAAGGGCUUAUCAUUCACUCCGAUGGGGAUAGAGGAUAAUAACAUGAGGAACGGCAGAGGCCUGUCGGACCAAUGGGCUGAUAGCAUGGUGGUUCGGCCCCGGACAACGGAGCGAAGCAUCACCGUCCACAAGAAACUGGUCCUGGGGUUCGCCAUCUCCAUCCUCACCCUCAUCGUCGUCACGGCCAUCGCGGUUCUCCUCAGCGUCCGGUUCGAGGAGUGCGCUGGGGAGAGCAGCUCACGAGGGGGCAAUGGCUCUAACGCCAAGUUCAACGGGUCACGGGAUGGGAACGGGAACCACAAAGAUGAAGAAGCCCAGCCGUGGAGACACCUCCGGUUACCGACAUCUCUCCGGCCCCGGCACUACGACCUGCGUCUCUCAGUAUACAUGGAUAACUUCACCUUCUCCGGGGAAGUGAACAUUGAAUUCGAGUGUGUGAACUCGACCAAAUUCAUUGUGCUUCACACCGACCGCCUCGAGGUGGAGAAAGUGGCGGUUUACUCGGAUAAUAAAAAACCCGGUGUCAUGAGAAUCCACCGCCAAUUCCAUUACCCGGGAAACCAGGUUUAUGUGAUCGCUUUGCACAGGGAACUGAAGCCCAUGAGGACGUAUAAAGUAAACAUUACUUUCGACGCUCAAAUAGAAAGUGAACUCCUGGGAUUUUUCCGCAGCUCAUAUAUGCUGCAGGGAGAGAGAAGGUACAUGGCGGUGACACAGUUCUCCCCCACCCACGCCAGAAAGGCCUUUCCAUGUUUUGAUGAGCCCAUCUACAAGGCCACGUUCCGGGUCAGCCUGGGACACGAUGCAUCCUACCUCUCUCUCUCCAACAUGCCUGUAGAGGCCUCCAUCUCUGAUGAUGAUGGCUGGGUGACCAACCACUUCUCCAGGACUCCUCGUAUGUCCACCUACUACCUGGCCUGGGCCGUCUGUAACUUUACCUACAGAGAGGUGACCACUGACAGUGGAGUGGUGAUCCGGCUGUAUGCCAGGCCCAACGCCAUCCAGAGCGGAGCGGGUGACUACGCUCUCCACAUCACAAAGAGACUCCUCCAGUUCUAUGAGGAUUACUUCAAAGUCAAAUACUCCCUGCCCAAAUUAG